CCGCAAACCCCAUAAUCCAACUAUAAUUCUGUUCUAUCACAAAUUUCUCUUUACUAAAAAUCCUUAUCCUACGGAAUUUUGGUGAAAUUCCUCUCUAUAAAUACCAAACUCUCCUUCACUUUACAAAUCACUCAGCUUUUACACAGCUUUCUUGUAUUUUUCUUCAGUGAGAGAUUCUUUUAGUUUUUUCUAUAAUACAAAAAGAAAGAAAGAAAGAGAGAUGGAUCUUGAUCUUACACCAAAGUUGGCAAAGCAAGUGUACGGAGGAGAUGGUGGUUCUUAUCAUGCAUGGUGUCCUAAUGAGCUGCCGAUGUUGAAAGAAGGAAAUAUUGGUGGUGCUAAACUUGCUCUUUCUAAAAAUGGUUUUGCUUUGCCUCGUUACUCUGAUUCUGCUAAAGUUGCCUAUGUUCUUCAAGGUUCUGGAGUUGCUGGAAUUGUUCUUCCAGAGAAAGAAGAGAAGGUGCUAGCGAUCAAGACGGGCGAUGCUAUAGCCCUCCCUUUUGGUGUUGUAACAUGGUGGUACAACAAAGAGGACACAGAACUUGUGAUUCUCUUCCUUGGUGAUACCAAAACUGCACACAAAGCUGGUUCAUUCACAGACAUGUACUUGACCGGCUCGAAUGGCAUUUUCACUGGCUUUUCAACUGAGUUUGUUAGCAGGGCAUGGAAUGUAGAAGAGAGUGUUGCUAAAACUCUUGUUAGCUCCCAAACUGCUCAGGGUAUCGUGAAGCUUGACGCAGGCUUCCAAAUGCCUGAGCCUAAGCAAGGCCACAGGGACGGCAUGGUUCUCAACUGUUUGGAAGCCCCAUUGGAUGUUGACAUUAAGGGUGGUGGAAAGGUUGUUGUUUUGAACACCAAGAACUUGCCUUUGGUUGGCGAAGUUGGACUUGGUGCUGAUCUAGUGAGGUUGAAUGGAAGUGCUAUGUGCUCUCCUGGUUUUUCAUGCGACUCAGCUCUUCAGGUAACUUACAUUGUUAGAGGCAGUGGCCGAGUUCAAGUUGUUGGCCCUGAUGGUAAGCGCGUUCUUGAAACACAUAUCAAGGCGGGCAAUCUCUUCAUCGUUCCAAGGUUCUUUGUCGUCUCCAAAAUUGGUGAUCCUGAUGGCAUGGACUGGUUCUCUAUCAUCACUACCCCUAAUCCAAUUUUCACUCACUUAGCGGGAAGGACUUCAGUGUGGAAGGCGUUAUCGCCACAAGUGCUGCAGGCUGCAUUCAAGGUUUCACCAGAUGUAGAGAAGCAAUUCAGCUCAAAGAGGACUGCAGAAGAGAUUUUCUUCCCACCACCAAACUAAUUUGAUUGACCAAACUUUACAUCCUUUAAUAAACUUAGUAGUAUAGAGGUUUUGGAAUUGAUGGUAUACUGUUUUUGAUUCGGAUUUUUCUGUUGGUGUUGAGAACAAGAGUAUCUUUGCUCUUCAGUUUUAAUAAUAAUAUCCUAGUUUAGUAUACUA